CCCAUGUUCAAUUAUUUUGUUGCUAGCUUACUAGCUACACAUAAGGCCGAUCAAAAUUUGAAGUAACCAGCGGCCCCGAACUUUUGUUUUCAGUUGACUCACUACUACUCAUCGUUAUAAUCAUGGCAGACACAGCAAAUGGCGAGACCGGUGUGAUUGCCUUAUACCAGACCUUUUUGAAGGAUCCUGAAAUAUCUACUCCUGUCGCAGUCUUUAAAGCAUUAACGGAAUUCGUUCGUGAUAACGCAGCACCCACAAUGUCGGAAUUCAUGGAGACGCUGGAGCGAGCUGCGCAAUCGAUCCGAGACGAUUCUCAAACGCGACGUGCAGAAAAAGGUCAACACAAAGCAACCAUUGCCACCCUGGCUGGUGUCGAUCUAUUUAUGCGAUUCGUGACAAGGAACUCGCAUGAUUUUUCACUUUCUACCAAGAGCUUUGAUGAUUUCAAAGACCAUCUGUUGUCGCGUGCAACACUGAUUCUCGAAAAAGCAUUCACAGCACGUAUCAAAGCAGCCGAGAUCGGCGCCGAGUUUGUGCAGGACAACUCAGUCAUUUUGGUACAUGCGUAUUCUCGUGUCGUGAUGAGCGUCCUGUAUCAUGCAGCAAAUGUACAGAACAAAAGAUUUAAAGUAUAUGUAACGGAAGGUCGGCCAAAUAGUGAAGGAUUGAAUGCUGUCAAAGCUCUUCGGGAAGCGGGCAUUCCUUGUCGGGCGAUUCUGGACUCGGCUGUGGGAUACAUUGUAGACAAGGUGGAUAUGGUCUUUGUUGGCGCUGAAGGUGUUGUAGAAAACGGGGGUGUCAUUAACCAGGUUGGUACAUAUCAAAUUGCACUUGUUGCCAAUACACUUGGUAAACCCGUAUACGCCGUAGCAGAAAGUUACAAAUUCGUUCGUGUAUAUCCUCUCAACCAAUAUGAUCUGCCUGCCGCUACACCCGAAAUUGUAAGCUUCACUUCAAGGAGAAAGUCGUUCAGCAACAACGGAGACUCCGACGCAUCACUGGAGGCAUCCAACCCAUCCGUAGAUUAUACUCCCCCACAGUAUGUCACCCUGUUGCUGACGGAUUUGGGUGUGCUUACCCCUAGUGGAGUCAGUGAUGAGCUUAUCAAGCUAUACUUGUAAAAAUACUUCUUUGUACGUAAAGUUUUAUAAAACAUAUCAAAAGCAUUACUCUAAGCGCAGAUUGUGUGAGCAGUGUAUGAUAUGCUUAGAAGAAUUGAAUCCGAAGCGUUAAAGACGAACUAAUAUUAC